GCGGCCACAGCGCAGGGCGGGGGGCAGGGGCGGCCACAGCGCAGGACCCGCCCCUGCGGCCGCCCCGAGCGCACAGCGCCGCCCUCCUGGAGCUCGUCCAGCCCCGCGCCCCGCUCGCCCGCCGCCUGCGCUCCACGCCGUCGCCCGCGCCCCGCGGCUCGGUCCUCCAUUGGCACAGACCCUCAGAAGACAAAGACAAGUUCUUCUUCUAUGAUGUCAUACAGACGAGAGCUAGAGAAAUAUCGUGACCUGGAUGAAGAUGAAAUCCUCGGAGCCUUGACAGAAGAGGAGCUCAAGACGCUGGAAAAUGAGCUGGAUGAGCUGGACCCUGAUCGGCACUGGCAUAGUGUCGUCUUUUCAAAUGCACUGCUGCCUGCAGGCCUGAGGCAGAAGGAUCAGACCACCAAGGCACCCACGGGCCCCUUUAAAAGGGAGGAACUCCUGGAUCACUUGGAAAAGCAAGCCAAGGAGUUUAAGGACCGAGAAGAUCUGGUCCCCUACACAGGAGAGAAGCGAGGAAAAGUCUGGGUUCCUAAGCAGAAGCCAAUGGCUCCUGUGCUGGAGAGUGUGACAUUAGAGCCGGAACUGGAGGAAGCCUUGGCCAAUGCCUCAGAUGCAGAGCUCUGCGACAUUGCAGCUAUUCUGGGCAUGCACACGCUCAUGAGCAACCAGCAGUACUACCAGGCCCUGGGCAGCAGCUCCAUCGUGAACAAGGAGGGACUCAACAGUGUGAUCAAACCUACACAGUACAAGCCUGUGCCCGACGAAGAACCAAACUCAACAGACGUGGAGGAAACGCUGGAGCGGAUCAAGAACAACGACCCAGAACUUGAAGAGGUCAACCUCAACAACAUCCGGAAUAUCCCCAUACCCACCCUCAAGGCGUAUGCAGAAGCCCUGAAAGACAACUUGUAUGUGAAAAAGUUCAGCAUCGUGGGGACACGGAGCAACGACCCAGUGGCAUAUGCCCUUGCUGAGAUGCUCAAGGUGAACACGGUGUUGAAGACGCUGAACGUGGAAUCCAACUUCAUGUCUGGAGCGGGGAUUCUGCGCCUGGUGGAAGCUCUCCCACACAACACUUCUCUAAUGGAGCUGAAAAUCGAUAACCAGAGUCAACCCCUGGGCAAUAAAGUGGAAAUGGAGAUCGUGAAUAUGUUGGAAAAAAACGCUACGCUCCUUAAAUUCGGCUACCACUUCACCCAGCAGGGGCCUCGGCUGCGGGCAUCCAAUGCAAUGAUGAACAACAAUGACCUUGUGAGGAAGAGGAGGCUUGCAGACUUGACUGGGCCCAUCAUCCCCAAGUGCCGGAGCGGCAUCUAGUGUGCACAGGUGCUGACCGUGCCUCUGAACUGGACGUGUUCCACUGAUGACCCUGUGCUCUGCAGUAGGAACCAGAAGGCAAAAUGCCAGCACAAAACCCUUUUGUGGUUCAGUUCUUUAUGCACUAAGGUUUUAGGUUAACUAGUGAUUGUAGCUGUAAAAUUUAUAAAUUUUGGUUAAUGUGAAGUUUUUCUUUAGUCACAGAAGUUCAGUCUGACUAUAAUUUAAAAACUAAGAAUCCCCCAUAUAAGCAGAUCUUACUGAAGACAACUUUAUAGUUGCAGUGACAUUUUAUCCCCAAACCCAGGUUCAAGUGCUUUGCUGUGUGGUGUUUCAGCUGCAUUUAAAACGUGUGACGCAUGAAAAGACAACAGACCCACUCUUCCACAUGCUUUACAAGCAUUACCAAAUACUUGAUGGCAGAACAAUCAUUCUUUACUAAUCCUCCUUUGAAAUGGAACCACCUCAAGAUUCAAGUUGCAAAACGGGUCACUGAAUCAAGAACAUGAUUUUAAUUGUCAUGGGAGAAAGGAAAAGCCAGAGCCCUACCUGGAAUCCCCAAACAGUUUCAUUUUGCUGGAUACAAGGAAACAAUAGACAGAGACAACAGUAAAAUUUCAUGUUUCAGAUAUGCUGUUUUUACCAAAUCCUAAGUGCACCAAACAUUUCUGAGUGUCCUUUCUGAACACCUGGGAAAUAUUGAUACUUUAAGGGCAAUCAGAAUUUUUUUCCCCUUCUCAAAUUAUCAAUUAUAUGGUGGCUAUGAAAAUCUAUGGCUGACUACUUAAAAAUACAUUUCUGUCUUGGCCAGUCAGCAAAUGCCCUAUGUGAGGUAAUACUCCAUCAAGUUUGUGUGUAUAGACUUUGGCUGUCAUGUCACUGAUAAGUCACUGCUGAUUUUACACCUGUAAACUAGUUUCUGGAUGUCAAUGCGUAAGAAAAUCCAGAUGCUAAAAAACUGGGACAUCCUGUCCAAAUGACCUCAAGAUGAUUAUUUGGAAAAUAGAAUUGUGUUGUUUCUGCCAGACCCCUCUUAAAUAUCAUGUGUGUCUCUUGGGAUCCAGCAAAAAUGUUAAGCCACAAUGCCCUUGUGCCUUUUAAUAUGCCACAGUGCCAGUUAAACUAGAAUUUGUGUUGUUUUGAGGAGUUGUUUUCAUGAGUGAUUCUGCAAAUUUUAUAGAUAAAAAAGACAGGCCAAAGAGCUGAUCAGCACAGAGUAAGCUGCAGAGAAGCUUCUGAAGACAGAGGGAAAGUCUUGUACACUGAACUAUUAUCAUAUGGAGGGUACAGGGUAAAGCAGAGCUUGGAGCCAGGGCCUCACCACUAUGGAAGAAUGUCUACUGAGGCUGCAAAUGGGCCCUGGAGUGGCUCCAUGCUGCAGGGACAGCCAGCCCCACCCGGCUUCUCCUUGAAACACAACUGCAGCUGUAUUCGGCAUCACUGGAAACUGCAAUAUAAUAUUAAAUCUAUUAAUGGUC